CGUACAGUACGGUAGAGGAAACCAAGGGCUUUCCGCUGCCACUCCUGUCAUGCCUUCAGCAAACCCUGCUGUAUUUAUCCUUCCGACGGCUGCGAAACCUAGGUUCACUCCGCUUUGCUUGUCCCCAGUGUGCUUCUUUCGCAGACCUGUUUCGCACUGAACUCGGUGUUCCCGAAAGCAGACGACGUCGUAAGGGAGACGCGGAGAUAGCUAAACGACAGUCGCAAACAUCCGCAGAGGUCGAACACCGUUGAAGACGGAGGAAGGAACGUAAAGGCCAUCAUUUGCGUUUCCUCACUGUGAGCAAUCCUGCCAGCCUGGCAACCUAGCUGCACGCCUGUUAUUUAUUCGGCUCUCGCCUUCGCUUACUCUCUGACGCACGCGCUUAACGCAACAGGCUUAAGCGAGGACAAAGCAGCGGGGAAUGCAGUCGAACGCUUUGAGCGUGUCAGAUCCAGUGAAUCCGGAUCCUAGUCGGCGCUGAUUGGUGCACUGCGCUGAGAAGUCUGGUAACGAGAAGUUUCCGCGAAAGAGUGGGGGUACGUGACAGGCCGUAGAUGCGAAACGUCCUAGAGGCUUCCGUAAUGGCUGAUGCAGGAAGCGUCGAAAUGCAAAACGGUGAAGAACGGUGGAGAGGAGCGGCGUCGGAAGGGGAGGGGGUGGAAGCCAAGCAAGGCGAGUUGAGUGGAAGAGAGGGGGAGAAGCGAGAGGAGCAGCAGGAGGGGCGGGAAGCGCGGGAGGACAACGAAGACGGGGUGAAGGGUGACGAGAUGAAAGGAAGCGAGGUGAACGGCAACGGGGUGAACGGCAACGGGGUGAACGGAGACGGGGUGAACGGCAACGGAGUGAACGGCAACGGGGUGAACGGCAACGGAGUGAGCGGAGACAGGGUGAACGGAGACGGGGUGAGCGGAGACGGGGUGAGCGGAGACGGGAAGCUGAGCAUCGAGGAGGCGACGGAGCGGAUAUGCGCCAUUGCGCGCGGUAUCCUGUUCUCGGAGCGGCGGAGAGCGGGCGGUAGGGGGGGAGGUGGCGGAAGGAAUCGCGGAGGCGGUAGCGUGGGGCGGAAGGGGCCGGCGGACCGAGGAGCGGAGGGAAGAAGGGAAGGGGAGGAAAGGAGAGAAGAGGAGGAGAGAGGAGGGGAGGAGGAGAAGAGAGAAGAGGUGGUGAAGCGGGGAGAGGAGGCGAGUCAAAAGGAGGAGGAGAAACGAAGAGAGGAGGAGGAGCGAGGUGAGCAGAAGAAACGAGAAGAGGAGAGAUUACAGGAAGCGGGGCGAGACAGGGAGAGGGCCAUAGAGAGGCUCAGGUCGCUGGCAGGCAGGCCGCCUGACAAUUGCUCCGGGGCAGCCGGGGAUCGCUCUGGGGCAGCUGAGGAUCGCUCUGGGGCAGCUGAGGAUCGCUCUGGGGCAGCUGAGGAUCGCUCUGGGGCAGCUGGGGAUCGCCUUGCUGGUGCUCCUCCUGGCGCUGCUGCUGAUGGUGCCAGUGCUGCUGGUGCUGCUGCUGCUGGUGCUGGUGCUGCCGCUGUUGUUGCCAGCAAGAGUGAUGAUCAAUAUGAUGACGAGGACGAUGAUAGUGGCAGUGACGAUGACGAGGACAGUGCUGACGAGGAGAGCAGUCUGUCUGACGUGGACAGGAUCUGCAUGCUCGUGCACAGCGAUGUCUUUGUGCGAAGGCUCUAUCACAUCUGCUACAUGGCGGAAGCUGCCAGGAAGCUGGGCUUUGACAGGUCAGCAGCAGCGUUCGUCCCUCUGUGCCGCGGGCUGGCGAGUGACAGCGAGCCCGAGAUCCGCCAGACGCUCGCCGAGCAGAUCCCGCAGCUCGUGCGCGCGUAUGCCCCGGCGGGCAGCAGGGCGUGCGGUGCGCUGAUGGAGCUGCUGGGCGUGGCGAACCAGCUGCUCAUGGACGAAGCCGAGGAGGUGCAGGUGGCGAUGGAGGGGGGGUAUGUGGCCAUGAUGGCGUACGGGGCGGAGGAGGAUGCAGAUGUGGAGGCACUGGUGCUCGAUGCUCUUCUGCGCUUGGCAUCGCUCCGGCACUCGGAAACCGCACGCCUUUGUGCCGCCACCGUCCUUGAGCGCUGUGCACCUGUGACAAGCCGGUCCCUCUUUGAGCACCGCGUGGUGCCACACCUCCUCGCCCUCGCUGCUGACCCGCACUUCCAAGUCAGAAAGGCAGUGGCACAGGGCCUGCCGCACUGCUGCCGAGCCAUGGGGGGCAAUGCUGCAUGCCUGGACGGCUCCCUGCUCCCCCUCUUCGCCUCGCUCUGUUCAGACACCUCCUGGGCGGUGCGAGUGGCAUGUGCCGAGGGCAUAGUGGCAGUGGCAGAGGCUGUUGCUCAGAUCCCCAAGGGCGCCGCUGUUAGCAGUGAUGGCGGUGGUAGCGGCAGCGGUGGCAGCAGCGUCGCUAGUAGUAACGGCAGCAGUGGCAGCGAGGGAAGCAUGGGCAGCCAGGGAAGCAGCAGUAGUAGCAGCAGUGGUGGCAGCAGCGGCAGCAGCAGGAGCAGUGGGAGCAGUGGCAGCAGUGGGAGUAGGGGGAGCAGUGGGAGUGAGCGUGUGAGCAGCAACGGCGAGGAGGGGCUGGAGUCGGGGGAGGAGAGGAACGCCAUUGGAGCAGCAGCUGCUGCUGAAGGAGACACGGCAACAGGAGCUGGAGGAGGUGGGGAGAGAGGUGCUUCUGCAGUUGCUACAGCUGGGGUUGAGACAACAGCAGCAGCAGCAUCAGCAGAUGUUGGUGCUGGAGCAAGGGGGCGAGAGGCCGAGAUCGUACCUCUUGCUGAUGGAAGCGGUUCAGGGAGUGCACGGUUUGAAAGGGACAUUCAGGCACAAGUGAUGCGAGGUGGUGGAAGGAGGGCGGAGCGUGUUGGGGAGAUUGAGGAGCUUGGGGAUGCUAGUGAGGAGGAAGUGACUGGUGUGAGUGAAUCAGGUGUGACUGAGUGUGAUGUGAGUGAGGCGGAAUCACAUGCAGCAGUUGCAGGCUGCAGGGUAGGGGUCACAACAGCAGACGUGGAGGGAAGGGGAAUGGAGGAAGGCCGAGGUGAGGAGAAGGGGGGAGGGGAGGAGGAGGGGGAUGGUGGGCGAGAGGAGGAGGGGAAGGCCGUUGGGGAGUCUUCUUGGGUGAGGCAGCGCACUCAGCUGAUCGGGGAGCUCAUGGGGCGACUGGCGAGAGAUCCGUCAGCGUGGGUGCGGGAGGCCGCUCUUCAGAUGCUGGGGCCUCUGCUCUCCGUGCUAAGGGGCGCUGACAUGCGGGACCUGGUGCACAUGUUCACGAGCAUGGCACAGCCGGGGCCGGUGGAUGCUGACGAUGAUGACGACCGCCUACCGCUCUACUGCGCCUUCAACUUCCCAGCCGUGGUGUUGAGUCUGGGCGCCUCCCGAUGGGCCGAGCUGCACACAGCAUACAGCCAGCUGCUCGCCUCCCCACAUCUGGCGGUGCGGCGCACGCUGGCGUGUCACCUGCAUGAGCUGGCGGGACUGCUGGGGCCGCGCAUCGCGGUGCAGAGCCUGCUGCCGGCGCUGGAGUCACUGGUCACAGAUGAGGACGAGGUGCGCCUGGCCCUGGUGCCCACCUUCACUGCGUUCAUGGCGAGUCUGCCCGCCUCCCACCGCCCCCAGUGCGCGCACCUGCUGCCGCGCCUGCUGUGGCGCCAGGGGGUGGCGCCCGAGGAGAUGGAGGCGCAGGAGAGAGCAGCUCGGGCAGCAGCAGAGGCAGCAGAGGCAGCAGAGGCGGCAGAGGCGGCAGAGGCAGCAGAGGCAGCAGUAAUGGCAGCAAUGGCAGCAGCAGCAGCAGCAGCGAAGGCAGAGGCAGAGGCAGAAGCAGCAGCAGCAGCAGAGGGAGCAGAGGGAGCAGAGGGAGCAGAGGGGGCAGAGGGGGUAGUUGGAGUAGAGGGAGGAGAGGUGGGAGCGGGUUGCGCUCCAGCUGCAGUGGCAGCUGCCAGUGAAGGCGUGGAGAGUGGAGGCAGGCGACCAGAGGGGCUGGUCGUCACUCCCUUGAACCCACCUCCUGAUACGGACAGCCGACGUGCAGAGGGCACUGUUGCUCAAGGCCCCACUAAAGUGGGAUUCGUUAUCAGUAGCGGUCUAAGCCAGGAGGCAAGUGUAGACGAUGAUGAGUAUGUGGACAGCCCCCGGUACCCCCCUGCUAGUGCCCUCCUGGGUGCUCCUGGGGGUGCUGCUGGUGCAGAUGCUGUUGGUACUGUGGAUUCUGCUGGUGCUGCGGGUGCUGCUGGUGCUGUAGGUGCGGAUGCUGCUGGUGUGAGCGAUGGCAAUGAGAGAGGGGAGAGGGCGGCUGGGACAGAUGGAGAGGGGAGAAUCCAGGAUGGAGGAGAGGAGGGAAAUGAGGGACUGCGAGGGGAGACAGGGGAUCUGCACGGAGAGAACCCAGGAGCGGAGCAGCGAGGGGAUGAGGGGGAGAAGAAAUCAAGUGCCAAGGUGUGGGGAGAAGAGGCAGGAUCAGGAGGGGUUAGCUCGGUUGUGGGGAGGAGGGAGGCAGGGGGGAGGGAGGAGAGUACUGGGCUUUGGGCGAAGCUGAUGAGUGGAUUGGCUGGUCUCGGGGCAGGUGGUUUGCUGGGGGAGAUGGCAUCUGGGGCAGGCGUGGAGGGUGUGGGAAGGGAUGUGGACAGUAAGUGUGAGGGGUCGAGUGUGGGGUUGAGUGAGGGAACCAGGGAAGAUAGUGUGAGUGAAGGGAGUGUGGAAGGGAAAGAGGAGGGAGAGGCGGAGGGAGCAGAAGGAGCAGAGGGGAGACUGCAGGGCAAAUGGGCAGAGGUGAGAGGGGACCUUGGUGGUGAAGGUGAGGGUGCACCUGAGGGUGAUUCUGGUCGGGGUGAUUCUAAUGAGAGUGAUGCUGGCACACGAGGUGUGGCAGCAAAUGGAUCGCAUAUGGGCGAUUCUGCUGGUGGUGGCUGUGCGGCUGCUCCUGCUGGCAGCCACAGGGGAGCUGCAGGAGGAGCGUGUGGGAAAGAGGGGGAAGAAAAGGGACGGGAGGGAGGAGGCAGUGAGGGAGAGGGAGGAUGGAGGGAUGGGGAGGAUAGAGGGACUAGUGAGAAGGGGGAAGGAGUGAGGAGAAUUGGGGAGCAAGGAGGCAGCAAAAAGGGGGAAGAGGGAGGAGAGAGAGAGGGGGAGGAAGGAGGCAGCAGAGAGGGGGAAGGAGGAGGGGGGAGAGAGUAUGGUGUGGGUGUGGAGGCGGUGUGGGACCGUGGAGGAGAGGGGACAGGUGAAGAGCCAGGGGAUAUGAGCAGAGUGGCAGCAGGAGAAGGGAACAGUGAGGCGGGCAGCGAGGGGGAUCCAGGGCAGGACGGAAGGGGGAGCAGUACGGAGAAGGUCGGGCAUGCACUCAGCACAGCACAGGAGGGAGGGGAGCACGAGCGUCACAGUGAACGUGUUGGACAGGGAGAGCACCAACCCAGAGCCAACCAGCAAGAUGGGCAGCGACAUGCCAGCAACGCGGAUGAGGGAGAGGGGCACCCAACUGGAACGACGCGGCAAGGGGCGGAGAACUACUCUGCCAGCAGCGGUCAAGAGGGGGCGGAGCAUGGGUAUCCUCCGUUAGGCCCCCGCGAGGGGGGGAGUGAGCGUGGUCCCUCCAGCAGCGGGCAGCAGUGUGGGGAGUAUCGGUGCCUAUCAGAGAGCUCUCAGAACGACCCCCCUGCGAGCAGUGCGCAGGAGGGCGGGGAGUAUCGGCUGCAGGUGCAGGUGGGCACGCCGGCGCCCAACACUGUGCGUGUCCAUGUGGCGGCUGCUGACUCGCCGAGGCCUCUGGUGCUGGGCGGCAGCAACCCGAGUGCGCAGCUGAGGACCCUGCCCAGCCGCAACCGCCUGCGGCCGCAGCUGAGGCUGCCAGGGCGGGAGAGCAGCUGGCACCUGCGACUUGCUGCACUCAGCCAAGCCUCAGACGUGGCUCAGCUGCUGCCGCCCAACAGCACCUCCCUGCCCCUCCUCGUUGACCUCGUGCUCACUCUCUGCAGGGAUCGAAUUGCCACCGUGCGGGAGGAAGCAGCCAAGCAGGCUGCCAAGCUGCUGACCCUCACUACCUUGUCUGCUGCCACGUCAGCAUCACUGCAAACAGCCACAUCAGUGUCAUCCGUACCUGCCACUUCGCCUUGCCACGCAUCAUUAACCUGCAAACCAGCAUUUGCUGCCACGUCAGCAAGACAAGGGUCAGCAGAGCAUGCAGACUGUGUUGACUCACGUGCAUCCGCCGCGUAUGAGCCUGCUGACCCCUCAUCUGCCGAACCUCAUUCUGCUGACUCCACAUCUGCCGAACCUCGUGCGACUGACUUGUAUGCUGCCGAGCCUCAUGGUGGUUCGGGCUGCAGUGCAGUGUAUGGGGAUGGUGAAGCAAGGGGAGGCGAUGGGGAGAGUGAUGGUGGGGAGAGGCAGAGGAGUGGGGAGAGGCGGAGGGAUGGGGAGAGCAGUGGCAACAGUCAGCAGGGAGCUCAGGAGGAGGGGGUGCACGAGAGCACAAUGGCCAAUGUCAGCGGCCACAGUGACCAUUGCAAUCACCAUCGUGGUUCUGAUGGUUCUGCUGAUUCGCACAGCCAUCGUGCUGUGAAUGGGCAUCAUGACAUGAACAGCCCUCAGCGCCACGAUUGCCACCCCCCUGAUCGCUAUCCUGUGGACAGUGGUCAGCGGCAGCACACGCGCCAUUUGCCUGCAGAUGCUGCUAAUACCACACACCCCCGCUCUAACUCUUCCUCUUCCUCUCACACUCUCCCUCACACUCACUCUCACUCGCAUGCCCAUCCUUGUCCUGCCGCUCCCUCUGCUUCCCAUCCAUCUGCUUUGCACACUGACUCUGACGCCUUGGCGUCUGAGGCGCUCCUAUCGGCCUUGGCUCGCCUCGCCACCAGCCGCAACUUCCGAGACCGACAAACGUUCGGCAUAGCGUGUACUGAGCUGCUGGACUGCGUCGGCCCGACCCUGGCAGUGCCUUUCCCUCCCUCACCAUUGCAGUCCUUCCCUCCUCCCACCAAGCACACACACCCCUCCCCACACACACUCUCCUUGUCUACUCCACACUCUCUAGCUCUCCAAAACCAGGCCAACGCACACCUCCACGCAUCCUCUUUCCUCCUCUCAGCAAUUCUCCCGCUUCUCCUCCCCCUGGUCUAUGACAACGUGCCAAAUGUCAGAAUACGAGUGGCUGAGGCUCUCUCUGCCGCCUGGCCUGCACUGGAUGCCCUCAGUGUCACAGACCUGUCAAGAACAGCUGACACCGGUAUGCCAGCUACAUCAGCAGCAGCAGCACCACCACCACCACCACCACCGCUAGCAGUGCCACACAUAGCACCAGCGGCAACCGAGCUAGGAACAAACCUAGCAGAGCAGCUUAUGUCGGGGGCGCAACCGCAGCCAAUACCAGAGCAGGAGCAGGUACCAGCACCGCAGGCACGGCUGGAUGAGCUGCGAGUGUCAGUGGCGUCUGCUCUGUCGCUGCUGGAGGGUGAUGAGGAUGCUGAUGUGGCAUGGACUGUUGUGGCUAGAGUGGCUUCCCCACACGAGUAUGGGAUGGGCUAAUCGCUUCUCCCAGCUUUGUCCAGCAGCCUAACACCAAACAUCAACACAAGGCUUGGCUUGUCUUCCUGUCUCAGGGAAUUGAACAAAUCUUAGUUGCUGGAUGGUAGAUCGAUUCAAUAGUUCACUCUUACCGGUAUUGCUAAAUCAAGUAAAAUGGUAGAAUUUUC